CUAGUUUGUCGCUUUCCAGCAGACUAGUCCGAGUGUGUUGUGUCUUCAGUAAACCGAAGAACUGCUCGCCGACAUCCCAGCCAUGGAAGGAGACAACAUAAUAAUGCCCGUUUGACCCACGGAGUUUGUCCAAGAUGCCAGGCCUUUUGUCCAGUCCUGUAUGUCUCACGGUCAUCUGGUUUUUGUCUUGGUCACUGCAUCCCAGCUGUGCUCAGAUUUGGACUGAUGAAGUGUCGGAUGUGCAGUUUGGGCGUUUGGAGUCCAACGUGACACUGGCAUGUGGGAAGUCACAAAUCAGGAUCCCUAUAGUGUGGCGUCACAAUGGCAGCUUGGAGUUGUCGUGGCACCAAGUGACAUCAGAUGGGAGGUUAGUCUUGUUUCGUGUCGACCAAUCAGCACAGGGCAACUACAGCUGCUAUGACGACACCAGGCUCCUCCUCCAUUCUGUUAGACUCAGACUGGGCCAUCCCCCUGGGUUGCUGAGCAUUUCCUGCCAAGUACCAAAUCACACGCAUGUUCGCUGCUUCUGGAGGGACUCUGUAAAAACCUUCCUGCCAGCCAAGUACAAUGCCUCCUUCAGGGGAAAAGGUAUGGAGUGGAGGCCAUGCAUCGUGGACCUCACCAACAGGCACUGUGAUGUACAAGAUCCUGCUUUCUGGCAAACCAUCCACACACUUGUAGUCACGGAGACUAACGCUCUUGGGUCCCAGACAACUUACAUCCAAAUCAGGCUAAAUGAGCUUUUAAAACCAGACCCUCCGCAGUCUGUGUUUGUGCAGGAAGUGGAAGGUUAUCCAACAAGACUAAGGGUUUCAUGGAGCAACCCCUUUUCUUGGCCAGUGGAAGACGCUUUUCCCCUGCUGUUUCAGAUUCAAUACAGGCCACAGGGCUCCAUACACUGGUCAGAGAUCUUUACAGAGGAGGAUGAAGUUUUAAUAUAUGACGCCCUUGCAGGCCACAUCCACUGGGUUCAGGUUCGAGCCCGUGACGAGGUGAACUCGGACAGCCAGUGGAGUGACUGGAGCCCCCUGAGUCUCCUUACACCCUGGCAAGCCUACACCAGCCCUGACCCUUCAGAAAGUCCAUGCAUUUUUGAUCUAUGCAGCACACAGCCUGAAACAUCCACCUCCAAGACCCACGGUGUCGUACAAGGGGAUGAAGGUAAUUUGGGUCUGGUGGUUCUCUUGGUUUUGUUCUCCGUCUUCAUACUUACCACCGUCCUUUCCCUAAUAUUUGUUGUAUGGAUGAGACAGAAGCGGCGUGAACAUGCCACCAAACAAGAACUCGCCUGUAUGGUCAAGAUGAAAUCUAUGCCAAUCUAAUGUGACACUUAACUUGCAGCCUUAAAGGUUUCGAGGUUUAUUUGAAAUGUCCACAACCUGUCAGCUUCGGCAGUGAGUAAACAUCUUCUCAACACCACUGUGACACACUGAUCGUUCACAUUAAGCUCAAAUAUGAAAAGAGCUACUCCAUCCAACCUCCAGGACAAUGGAAGGGGAGGGUUACUCAGCAUUUACCACAUGACUGCAGGGUAAAGUUCUGGAAGCCUUCCCUGGACUUAUUCGGUGGCAUCCAUUAACUGCACUACCCAUAAUGCAUCACAGACUCAUCAGGAAAACCUGAGACCAAACUCAGCUCGGUGCAAUGAAUAAACAACACAGCACCAAGGCAAUUCUUCUUUCACAACUAAUGCUGCUUCAGGUGGACUGACUUUUUGUGCCUUUGGAACUUUUUAGCAACAAAAUAGGACAAGAAAUUCAGCUGCCAAACACGAGGACAUAGGAUUUUUAUUGUGCAACCGCUUGGCUCUUUCUCCUCUCCCAGAACGUUUCAGUUUCAUUGAUUUAUUUUAUGAGUGUCCUUGUGAGGAUGCACAGAAUUGUUCUUACCUUGACUGACUCAAUGCUGUGAAGGAAGCAGAAGUUCUGCCAGUCUGUGUGAGUGUGUGUCUGAUGCCAAAGCAGCAACAAUGGGCAUUACAGCCUCGUUUAGGGGGAUCAGAAAGCAAUCUGUAACCUGCUUCUGACCUAAGGAAGAUUAUUGGUUUGUAGGAAGGAGGAAAUAUUGUAGUAAGGACUUUAUCUGGUUUAUGAUAAACGAUUUUAUGUUGCAUGAUGCCAUAUGUUUCAUGAAUGGUUUAACAUCGCAUGACCCUGUUAUGUUGUCUGUCACUUUAAGUACCUGUAUUAACUUGUUUUUUGAUGUCUUUUAUCCAUUUAUGCACAGUUUGUAUUUAUGUGACUGAAAGACUGAGCAGAGAAAGAGGCAGAGAGACAGGCCUUUCACAAAUCACCAGCAUUAAGUUGUCACAUACAUAUAGGGGCAAAUAAAUUUCACCGUCUCUUAAAGAAAUGAAAAGGUGUCAGAUAUCUCCCAAACAGAAGUUGAACCUAAUGUCACUGAAUCAAAUCUAGUUUAACCAAGAAUCAUUGCAAAUCUGGAACAUUUAGAAAAACAUGCAAAAAUAUUGACUUUCUACAGACAAUUUGCAAAUAAAGUCAUAAAACUAUAGUAUUUUAAAUAUCAAAUCUUUCCUGGGGCCCUUUAAACUAAAUUAAAACCGGACCAUGAUGCUAAAAAUGGUCUUUGCAUUGUGAGAGUUCCUUAAACUUUUUUGAGCAUGUACAAAACAUCGAUAGUGAUCUUGUGGUCCAUUAUUAUGGUGGCAGCCUAUCUAGGUUGUCGCCAUGAAGGAGCCUUGUGUGGAGGAGCCCUGCAGUAGCAGUGGUAACUCUAUUCAUGACAUGUGAGCAUUAUGCAUCUGAGUGGUUUGGUUGCCAGAGUUUGAAGAAAGACUGGAAACACGUGCGUUAUGCCAAGGCUACAACCUAAUCAUGCCCAAACUGGGCUGGGAGCACUCAAGAGGAAAUUUAUAUAAUGCUCUUGGCAGAGUGUCUGCUAUUCAUGCAGAGUGUCCUGCCAGUCCUCUUGCUGCAACCAAUAGGAUCUCUCAAAGCAGCUUAUGCUAACAAUCUACACCCCUUGUACAUAGAUAUCAGUUUGUACUGGGCUCCAGACAAGGUUCACAGCUGUGGAGAAGUGCACACACCUAAUUGUGCACAGGCAGCUUGCACAAAAUAUUUUGAGUUUUUCAUGCUUCAGUUCUGAAGAAAAAAUGUACCCCUCACCCUAUUACAAGCCCCUUCAUAGUUCCGCAAAGCAAUUUCAAGCACGAACCCCUCGUUAUAGAUUAAAUUCAAAUUGAACUGCCAAGAUCUCAAACCAUGUGUGCUUUCAGAGAAUGAUGUUGGGAUUACCCCAAGGGAUGCAGUUUACAACUCCGAAGAUGUCCCUUUUUUUUAAAAAAACAAACAAAAAAACAUGUACCUUAUUAAUAUACAGUGUGGAGGAUUUACACACGGAGCCUGAGGGUAGGGUAAGCUAAUCAUAGCACUUAGUUUUAUGAGAUGAAAGCAUCUUGCUCAGAAGCCUACUACAGAGUUAUGUCGAAGUCUGACAGGUGAGGUCUGUUUAACCCCUCCGUGCAACAACAAAGAGGAUGCACGGUGUGCGGCAUAUAACAGAUCAUAUUAGUAGGAGCCAAAUAUUUACAUUGCAACUUGGUUCUAUUUUCAACACGGGGCUUAUUUCACAUGAGGUAGGUGGCUUGUGGACAGUUACUGCGGAUGUUAAUAUGUGGUUUUGAACGCCACAGUAAAUGAAAGGGUUUUGGUAUGCUGAAGAUAUUUAGCACUUUUUGAGGAAAGCGGUAAAGGUUGGAAUAAGGUUAGAAGAUGCACAUCAACCGUAUUAAAAAUAUAGUAGAUUGUUUGAGGGUUGCACAGCUUUGUCACAUUGGUAAACUCUGCUUUUAUGUGUUAAUUAGCCAUUAAUUUGUGAGUUAAAGUUUAUAUAACUGAAUGUGUACAUGAUAAACUCAUGAGAGUUGCUUUAACUCUGUACACACCAACUUACAAAAAAAAAGUUCAAAGUCUGAAAUACCUCUUUUACAGCCAUCUUUCUUUAGUUCCCCUCCUCAAUAUUUUUGCUCCCUUUAUCCUUUCUUUGGUUGGUUUUAUUCUGCCAAUGUAAAGUUUUGUUGUUUAAUUCUAGUUUUAGAAACACAAAGGUGCAUCUAAGUCAAACUAUUUCAGUUUGACAACUGUAUGUUCUCUAAAGCUAACUCCAUAUAUUUUUUUGCAUGAAAUCCAGCAACGCUUACUUGUAUAUUAUUACUGUAUAUCACAGAUGAUGUAUGUUAAAGUGUAUGUGGUGUUUAUAAACCUGUUCUUUAGGGGUCGGUUUGCAGACAUGGUUUGCUCAGUCACAGAUUAACAAAUAUUUCAGUGAAUAAGGGGACAGAUUUGGAGUACGAGGUUAUACUCUCACAGGUGAAUGUUGUUGGUACAGUACCUUGCAAGAGAGUAUCCAUUAAAAUAAUCAUUCUAAUACAUGAAUAUGCUUUGAUCUAAACUGUGUUUAGUCAUUGUCCUGGCAGAAGAUGAAUCUCGGCCGCAGUCUCAAGUCUUGUUUAGCUUCUAAUAGGUUUUCUGCCAGGAUUGCCCUUUAUUUAGCUCCAUCCAUCUUCCCCUGAACUUGAACCUGCUUCUAAGGCCUUGCUGAAAAAACAGGCAUCCCCCCAGCAUGCUCCUGCCAUCACCAUGUCUCACCGCAGGGAUGUUGUUUUCACACUACACUUAGCAUUUUGCAUGCAGGCCAGAAAGCAUAAAUGUUAAACUCAUCUGACCAGAUGAACUUCUUCCACAUGUUUACGGUGUUUCUUACAUGGGAAACUGCAAAUAGGACUUCUUAGAUGUUCUGUCAAGGAUAGAUUUCUGCUUGCCACUGUCCCAUGAUGACCAUUUUUGUGAAGCGAAGUGGCUGUAAACUGUGUAAAAGUGCAAGGCACUGUAAAUCAAUUAGCAAAAUACAUAGUUUCUGUUUGAAACUAGCACUAUUGAGUAUAAUUCAUGUCUGCAGAACCUUUCCUGUAAUAUGUAUUUGUGUGCUGGAGUCCAGUUACAUGAAGCUGUGUUGCUGUACACUCACUGUAUGGGUAAUGAAUCAGUUUUAUUCUAACUCGCUUAACUCUUAUUUAUCUCUGUGCUGUCAAGUGAACCACACAUUUCCUCUUUCACCUCCUCCCUUAAAUUUGGUGUCAGCAUUCAGAAUUUAUUUACAUACUAUGGAUCACACUGGAUCAGGAAGAUGGCAUGAAUUGAGCAACCUUCUUAGUCCUGGUAAUCUGAAAAGCAUCAAGACUACACCUAUAAUUUUGCCAGCAUAGUGAAAGUAAUAAAUUAGUCUCUGAUUCUUAAAUAAGGUCAUAUUUGGACAUAAGUCAGUUAAUUGGAUUUGAAACAGUAUCCUCAGUAUGGAUUCUGUGUGCUUGGUGCAGUAUCAUUGUCCAAUAUUAACCUCGUUUUGUGGUCCACAGCUACCUUGUGUUUCUACAUGGAUGUAUUUCUGUUUCUCUCUUGUGGUGUUUUCUCUGAUUCUGUGGACAGAUUUCUUUUACUAUCCCUCUGCAGUGUGAUACCAUACGGAGCCUGUUUUUUAAUCUUACAAGUCAAACUCACUCAGGCAUCCUCGCUCAGAUGUAAAUAGUCUUUUUUUUGUUUUUCUUGUGAUGUGUACAACACAUCGUCAUAAGCUGUUUUUCUUCCUGUAUGUGUAUAUUUCUGUCAAAUAAAUACUAUUUUACCACA